CUCACACAGGCGUCCUCCGACAGUUGCAACUCUAGGUGCAGGAUCUCACGACCACGUGGGUCCAAAUGUUAGCUCACUCGGGCGAUCGGAUUGUUCCCACGAACGAAGUCGAUCUCAGCCAGCUCCGGCUCUCUCGUGCUGCACCAGAUGUCAUCAUCCCGGAGCUCCUUCCCUUUGCGCCGCCCCAAUGAACCGGCAUCGCCUCUCGACUUCCGGGCUUCCUUUUGAUCUCCCCACCUUCUGGCAGUCCGCUACUAACGCCCCUCUGUCUUUUCGGAUCAGACAUCUGGACGUACCGAUCCUUGAAGCCGGCAAGUGGAGGGAGUGGUGGAACGCGUACAUCGCGCUCAACUUCUGUCUUCUCGAGGUGGUGUUCCAUUGGGCCGAGCCGGCCAACAAGGACGAGGAAGACGAAGUCCCUAACGACGAGGUGGAGCUGCAGAUAGUCCAAGCGCGGAGAAUGGAUACGGAGGGGGAGUUGUUGGGGAUCUUGUUCGGGAAGGUGAGGGGCGGCCAUCUGGAGCUGAUCACGAGUGAAGUCCUGGUAUUCGUGGCCCAGCUCUUGGAUGACCUGCCUCUGGACAUUCUUUCGCGCUUCGACGAGCGGCCCACACCGGCCACACUCACCCAUACCUUGGCACCGCACCUGCUGUGGUCGACGUGCACGGAGAUUGACGGCGACAACUGCUACUACCCCUCCUCGGGCCACUACCUGGUCAUCAACAUGACGGAUCUCACCUUGUGGGAUCCGAUAAUUUGGAGAGGAGAAGAGGGAAGGGAGGCGAGCGAAGAAGAAGAAGAAGAAGAAGAGGUGCAAGAAGAAAAAGAAGACUUGAUGUGCUCCUUCAGGUCUCGUAGAGCACGGUUUGGCGACACUCGAUACAUACUAGUUCAAGAGAGAAGGGAGGCGAGUGAAGAAGAAGAAGAAGAAGAAGAAGAAGAAGAAGAAGAGGUGCAAGAAGAAGAAGAAGGGGACGAAGAGGAGAGUUUUGAGGCCGAAUCUGACGACCCCGACUAUAACGAGUCGGAGGAAGUUGAGUUAGAAGAAAGCAGGUCGGACGAAUCAGGUGGCCGCAGCGAGCAUAGGAACGAAGACGACGAGGCCACAGCGCAAAAGAGGCGAGGGAGGGAAGAAGGAAAGAGGUUGGUGGAGGAAUCGGACGGACCAGCAGCGCGGCUGUUACAAGGCGAUUCGGCACGCAACCCAGAGCCGUUGCAGGAGGAACCUGGAGGAGAUGGCGUCGCCACCGUGGAGGGAUCCAGAAGCAGACGUCGUAGAAGAAGUUCUUCGCCAACUUAAUCCUCUCCACCAUGGCCCACCGUUCGCAUACGUGGAGAUGCGGGCGCUC